ACCAAUGCGAACCGUAACAGACUGUACCGCUCGCUGCUAAUAAAACGAUGCGGUAAAGGAACGCAUUUAUUUGUUUUUCGAUCGCUCUGUCAGCUGGUUGUGUUGUCUAUCUCUGUCAAUGUGUGACGAAGUGUCAAAGUAAUUCUGUCAUAGCAAAAUCGAUCGGUGUGGAGUGAUACAGUUCUGGUUCUGAAAUUAAAGGAGUAUUUAUUAAACAAAUCAUUAAAAUGUCGAAAGUAAAAACAAACGGUGGCGAUAGCGCCCAAGAUGAGAAAAUUCUAAUGCCAUACACAUACAUCCAACAAGUACCAGGCAAGCAGAUAAGGCAGAAGCUUGCCGCCGCAUUCAACUACUGGCUGAAGAUCUCCGAUGAGAAGCUGCGCGCUGUAGGAGAGAUUGUGCAGAUGCUGCACAACUCCAGCUUACUCGUAAAACACAGGCUUCCACCCGUUCAGCAGGACAAGAUUGACAUAACUUUCUUUAACGCGAUCGACGACAUCCAAGACAACUCGAUCCUCCGGCGCGGCAUCCCGGUGGCGCACUCCAUCUACGGCGUGGCCAGCACCAUCAACGCGGCCAACUACACCAUGAUCGUCGCGUUACAGAAGACACAGGAACUUGGACAUCCUAUGGCGACAACAGUGUACACAGAGCAGCUGCUGGAGCUGCACAGAGGGCAGGGCAUCGAGAUCUACUGGCGGGACAACUUCCAGUGUCCCUCCGAGGAGGAGUACAAGGAGAUGACCGUCAAAAAGACGGGCGGUCUGUUCAUGUUGGCGAUCCGCCUGAUGCAGCUGUUCAGCGACAACAAGUCGGACUUCAGCAAGCUCUCCGCCAUCCUCGGACUGUACUUCCAGAUCAGAGACGACUACUGCAACCUCAGGCUGCAGGAGUACACGGAGAACAAGAGUUACUGCGAGGACCUGACGGAGGGCAAGUUCAGCUUCCCCAUCAUCCACGCCAUACGCAACCCCGAGGGCGACAACCAAGUGCUUCACAUCCUGCGGCAGCGCACCCGCGACCUGGAGGUGAAGCGGUACUGCAUCACCAUACUCGAGCGACUCGGCAGCUUCGCCUACACACGGAACACGCUGCAUGGACUCGACCAGGAGGCUAGGAGAGAGGUGGCCAGAUUAGGCGGCAACCCUCACCUAGAAGCUCUCCUGGACGACCUGCUCAGCUGGCGACGAGAAAUGCCACUCGAAAAACUAGACAACAACGUUUAAAUCAGGGUACGGAGUGUGACAUAUUUACGUUAACACGUUUAGCCCUUUGAUUGGUUGGUUACUUUGACCAGGCCAAUCAGAGCGCCGAACGUCAUAAACUUAUCGCGUUAACGUAAAACAAACUCACACUAGGCACUCAGUAGGUUCACUUGUAUACGUCAUUACGAUCGAACAUAGAAAGAAUUAAAACAUUAUUAUUAAAAGCGUAUCACAAUGGCAAAACAACAAGAAAUUAAAAGAGAGUAUUUUAAUUAAACCUACCCCUUUCAAAAAUUAUAGAUGUUUAAUAUGAUAAUGUUUGUUCAAUUUUUGCAAUGGUAAAGUAAUAAAAUAGUAUAAAAACAUUAAAAUAAUUAAAGGUUCUGUCGUAAUGACAGUACAUGUGUUGAAUAUAUAGUAAAUCAUUUUUUAUACAUUUUAUUUCGGCACUUACAAAGGUAAUUUCAUCAUCGAAUCAAGCAGAAACUAAAUUAAAGUAUAACAUAUCUAACUCAAAUCAUUUUGCUUUUGCAUUAGACUUCCUAGAAAGUGCCGUAAUAAAAUGUAUAAGAAAGCCAUCCCGAUGAUUUAAAUUAUUAUUUUGUAAAUCCUAAUUAUAUUAUUUGUAUCAGACAUUAGAUUAGAUGUAAAGACCAUCCAUUUUUUAUUUCCCGGGUUAAUCGAAACAACGAUUUUUAAAGUUAAAGCGAUAUUUUAAAUGUUGUGUAAAUAUUGUAAUUUUUUUAAUAAUUCAGUCAUUAUGAUGCAUUUUACAUUCCCAAUGUUUUAAUUAAAUUAAAUAAAUAAAUGAGGUGGAAGGAGAUCAGGCUUAGAAUAGACAAUAAAAGACAUGUUUCAAAAGUAUAGUAUCUGUGCUUUACGUCUUGAAAUUCUUGUCACUAUAAAUUAUAUGAAAUUAAAUUUUCCUAGGAAAAAAACUAUUAAAAUUAAAAAAUAAUUGGUUGCUAAAUUUUUUAUCUUCUCUUGAAGUGAUAUUAUUAAAACUAUUUUAUGUGGAAUUAUAAAUCUUAAUUCCAUGGUGUUAACGGUCACAGAUUAUAAACUGUGGCCCCGCGAUUGCACUGCCAUCUAUAUAGUGAGAUGACAUCGCGAACAACUCUUGCUUUGUAACAUUAGCGCGUCAACGCUUACUUAAACCGCUUUGUACUUAUGCACGAUAGAUGCUUAAAUAGAGAAGCUUCGUUAUUUUGUAUUAUAAUAAAACUUAUGUUUUGGAUGAUCCUGCUUUUAUUUUUCACCCGUAACUAUCAAAUUGUAUUAUGUUUUGAUAUAUUUUUAAUGACAUUAUUCUAUUAUCUAUUAGAUUUAUAAAUAGUUGCGGUUGGAAUCUCUAAGGGUCGAUUUAUACUAGCGCAGAGUCGAAGCGCAUCGAAGCGUCUAUCCAAAACUGCACAUAACAAAUUCAACCUUAACUCUACAGCGUAAGGGUCAAUUUAUACUAGCGCAGAGUAGAAGCGUUGUUCGCGCGCAUACGCGCGAAUUCCGACGAAUGCGCGCUUUUUAAAAACUCAGAAGUAAUGUGUGCGUUACGCUAUGGAGUUAAGGUUGAAUUUGUUAUGUUCAGUUUUGGAAAGACGCUUCGACUCUGAGCUAGUAUAAAUUGACCCUAAGACAAUGGGUAUUAGAUUUGUUUUUGUAUUAUAUCCUAUUUUAAAAUCUCGUAUUAUAUUAAAGUUAAAAGACCUAUACAAUAUGCCUAUACACAUGACCAAAAUGUACGGAAAUCAUGGAUUUAGAAAGUAGUGUUUUCGAAUUCCUAGCGACGUUGUUGUAGUGCGUAAGUAGAUGUUUUGACUAGUGAUAUCUAAACGAUUGAAAUAUAUAUUAUUACAUACUAUUUAUCUACAAGUGUUUAAAACACUCAACUUUUGUGUCUUCACUUUCAAAACUAAAUAUUGCCUCUUUAUAAAAAAAAGAUUAAAUAAGUUUGCCUAAAGUAAUUAGUUAUGCAAGUUAUAAAACAUUUUUCGCUUAAAUUUGUUGGUAACUCGACAUACGCUAGUCAGUUGCUGCGUUGCGUGAAAAAAAAGAACAGCUAAUAUUUAAGAAGUAGCUCGUUGGUAUAGCUUGGCUAGAUAGUAUAGGAGUUGGUGUAUUUUUACUAUUUACUAUUAAAAUAAAGAGGCAGCCAUUCGGUGCACCUUUAGUGUCCUUCGAGUCGUUAUUUUAGGGUGAGAAGUCAAUUAAUUCUGAAAUACUUCACAGUAGGCCUAUGUAGGUUUGUAUACUUACUCAACCUCACUUAUGGCCUGGCCGCACUACGGCUGAACGGCGGCAACGAACCGAUAAGGGUGGUUGCUUGUAUUCAGUUUCUUGUUCCACAAAUAAAGCGGUUAAAAACCGCUACGGUUUCGCCCUAUUGCGGCCGGGUUCUUACAAGUUAUCGAUGUCAAUAUAUUUCUUCUAGAUUAUUCUCCAAAAUCAAGCAAACUUUUAUGUUUAACUGUUCUUGUAAACGGUUAUUUAGAAUUUAUAGUAUUGCCUAAAUGGCCUACGCUUUGAUUAUAAUAAUCUUAUAAUAUUAUAUCUCUUUUGUAGAUAAUAUUCUUUGUAUAAUUGAUUGUGUACUUACAUUUCAUAGUAUUAUAUUUUUUAUUAUUUGAUAUUGUGUUCUACCAUUCUGUAUUCAGUUUACGAUUAGUGCCAUGAUAUAACAUUGCUUAUAAAUAUUGUUAGUAUUAAAUUUCAAAUUAAUAAUGACAUUCACAUUCCACAAAUUAGACAUUUUGCUGUUCAAAUUAAAAUAAGCUCUUUCAAUUUAUAAAUUCCUGGUUGCUAGAUAUAGAAGUUUCUAGCCUAGUAUAGUCUAGAGGUGUACUUAAUAGUCGGAUAAGGCUAGCCAAUGAUGACAAUAAUAGC